AUCUUGAUAUGUUUUUUCUUUACGUUGACUCAGUCAGUUUAGACACAGCUGCUUGUGCUCAGAAACCUAACGAGAGCAUCUAUCGUGCUGUAACCCAGACCCCCGAGGGAGGAUUAUCUGUUUAUUAUAAAGGGAAAGAUAAGAGUUCAUUUCAAACCUGGUGUGCAUGGUAUUCAUAUAAUUCACAACUUUAUGAUUAUGGAAUAGAACGCUACAUGGGAUUGUCGAGAGGAUGUCAAUCCAUUGAUAGUUAUCAGAGAUUCAUUUUCGGUAGGUUUUUGUUAAAUCUUUUCUAAGACUUCUAAUGUCUGAAGAAGUUGUUGCCUGGAGUUUUAUAUUAAAUGAAAUACAGUAAUAUGCUAUAUCUUUUCUUUUUACUCAAUCUGUUCAUUUGCUUCUGGUCUAUGAUCUAAAGUGAAUAUCCAUAGGCUACAUAUACAUGAGUAAACACACAACAAAGUAAGAAAGCGCAAAUUAAGCAUUGGAAAUUGACGAAGUUUAAAGGUGAUGUAAAGUCCGUAAUGUAAAGAAACGCUUUGUUUACUUUUUGAACUCAGUGUUACGGUUGUAUGAAUGUUUAAAACUUUUCUGGUUCGCUAUAGCCUAUAUGCUUGUAAAUGAGUACAGACUAGAGAUUCAAUUCAAGAAGGUCGGAAAUUGCGAAAUAUUAAUAACAUCCCAAUGCUCGGUUCGCGACCAUUGGAAUUAAUGUAGGCGUGCGCAGAACUUAUGUGCAGAACCGACUGUCAUGAUUUCUUUUGUAUUAUCCCAUCAAUUAUUAUGAGAUUUUUUUUUAAUUAACUUCGCCAGAAAGUCUUAACAGUUAUUACAAAGUAAUAAUUUAACGGAUUAACUAAAUUGACUGUAUGGCAGGGGUAUUCGCAACAGCGACUAGCCAAUAACUGAGAGUAACAAAUACCAUGUUUAUAAAUUUGUGUAGCAAUGUACGAGGUGUAUUUUUAUUUAAAAUUUAUAUAAAUUUUCAUUUAUCACUAACUCGUAGAAGAAAGUUAUAGAGAUUAAAAACGGAUUAAAAACAUUGUUAAAAGAGAAUUUAUUAGCUAAACAUCUUGGUAAAUCUAAAUUGUGAGUAUCAGAUCAACGACGUAAAUAGUAAAAUUGCUAAAAAAAACUGGAAUAAUUAUAAUAUAUAGAUUUGAAAAUGCUUAAUUAAACAUCUAUAUUACACUCUAAUUUACCAAAACAUUAAUUAUGGGCUAAUGAGUUGGGGUAACACCUAUACAACAAAGCUUAAUAAAGUACGAACAUGUCAAAAUAAAUGUAUAAAGAAUCCAAAAAAGAAAGUGCAGUUGUAGACAUUAUAGAUGAAUUUACUUUCCAUAAAAGCUAGACAAUGUUUUUUCAAAUUGAAAAUACUGUAGCCACAUUUAUCUACAAAAUUAUAAAUCAAGAUAAAAAUAUCCCAAUGAUAUUUACAAAUACCAUUUCUAGUGCAUCUACUCAACACUCUUAUUCUACUAGAUUCGCUGAAAAGUCUUUACGUACUGUUUAAUAAACGAGCAGGAGUGUUUUAUUCAUAGGGUUUUAUUAGGUUUAAGGCCACGAGCGCGUAGCGCGAGUGGCUUUAGGCCUAAUAAAACACGUCCUGCGAGUUUAUUAAACGGCUUCAAACACGACUACAAAUUCAAUAGAAAUAGGCCGUAUUCUGUGGCCAAUUAUCGUUCAGUUCCGCUGCCCCCAUUCGGGACCUACUUUUAGUUUACAUAAAUCUAUAGUUUUUGAUACGCUGAGUACGAAUUCACUUGUUGUCACUCGCACAGACCCGCAGUUUUUUUGUAUUGUACGAUCAAACAUCAACAUUUUUUAUUAAAAUUUCCGCCAUUUUGUUCAGGAAACUUCAUGUUAUAUACAGUUGUUGUACUAGUCCAAGUCUCUUAGCAGGGGGGUUGCACGCGGUAUUACGCAGUUUGUUAUCAUUCCUCUGAGAAAAAUAUACAGAAAUACCAAUACACCAAUACAUGGUGGUCAAGUUUGCAACUUACAGUGGAUUGCUUGCACCAAAGACAUGUGGUUUAAGUAAUGAUUAUAGUUGCGCAGUUGAUGUAACAUGUCUUGUUAAGAAACAAUGUGAUGGUCUACAUGAGUGUAAUUUAACUGUGGAUGACAAUUUGUUCUCUGGUGAUUUAUGUCCUGGAUUGUCAAGCUAUCUUCACUUUGAAUAUCAAUGUGUUCAUCCUGUGAAACCUUUUAAUGAACUUUGUGGUAUGCAUGGGUAUAAGUAUUAGUAGUGAUAGACCCCACUCUGGAGACCAAAGGGAUGCUGCCAGUGGCGUCACAAUAGCGUCGCCAAGUUGCGUUACAAUUAGGAUGCGUUACAUGGUUAUACGUUACCUGUCACAGAACUCAGUCCCGUUACCAUACGUCGUCUUAGGAUGCGUUACACGGUCACGUCACAAUACGUCACCAAAUUAAGGUCGUGUCACCAAGUCACUUUACCGAUUUACAUCAAUCGUAAAAUGUAACUUUUUCAUAAUAAUUUUUUUGACAAAUUUGUGAUAAAACUGAUAGUUUGCCUCACAAAUGUAUGAAAUAGAAGUAACUUUUUAAAAUCUACAGUUAGCUCAGUUGAUAGAGCAAAGGACUGUAGUUAUUACCAAAAUCAGUAUUCCUUGGGACACCUGUUCGACCCCGGUGCGGUAAAACAUUUUUGCCUGCCAGCCACAUAAGACGUUAUCCCACUCCGUCCGUGUUCGUCAGGAGUUAGUUUGAAGCGGACGUCAGCUAAUCUACGCAAUUCUAACAUAUUUUGUCUAAAUUUGUAAUUGUUAUGAAAGUUUCGUCACCUAUAACCUGAAGAUGGAGGCAAACUAUCAGUUUUAUCACAAAUUUGUCGGAAACCAAUUAUGAAUAAUUUACAUUUUGUGAUUGAUGUAAAUCGUGACUUGGUGACACGACCUUUGGUGACUUAUGGUAAAGAAGACUGAGUUCUGUGACAGGUAACGUAACCAUGUAACGCAUCCUAAUGGCAACUCAACUUGGUAACGCGACGCUACAGUGACGCCAUUCCAUGGCGGCAUCCCUUUGGCCUCCAGAAUGGGGUCUAUUACUACUAGUAUUGUUCUAUUCAUGGUUGUAGUUUCAAUAAACUUUUCUUAAGAACCCAUAGUGUUCUAAAAUGUCCAACCACGAUUUUGCACAUACUUGUUAUGUGCAUGUUACCCACAUAUAAAAAUAUCCAUUUUAAAGCCUUAUAUGGCAAAAUAACCAAUAACUUUGUUCUUUUCAUGUGUUUUGUAGUUCAUGACGUGUCUCUAUCAUAUUCGUCUGUACCUUACGAAGGUGUUAUACAAAUUACCACUGAUAAUGGGACUAAGAAUGUUUGUUGGCAAAGUUUACAACAAGAUGGCAGGGCCAUGCAUAUUGUUUGUAGUCAGCUGGGAUACGAUGCCGCACAUUCUCUUGUAAAUAUAUCCACUCCAACGGAUGCCAAAAAUGAAACCUUUUCUGGAAGUAUAAACUGUAAUAGUGAAAGCACUUACUUAUCCCAGUGUUCAAUUAAUACUUCGGCCAGCGAAAGUUGCCCUGAGUUAUCGUACAUACAAUGUAAGUUUGUUAAGAUGAAACGAAUAGAAUGCAGCGGUAAAAUAAUUUAGGAAAGAACAUAAAAGAAAUUGAAAAGCAAAUAAUUAGAGGAACAAUGAAAGAACAACCUCAAUCUCAUCGUUCAUCAAAAACAAAUGACCUAACUUUUUAUUUCCAUAUUUAGGUGAUCCCUGGGUGGAUACUCCAUCAUAUUAUUAUAAACCACUGUUACAAGACAGGCGAAGAUUCCCUGAUUCAUCAUUUAGUGCGUCUGCUUCUUCCGGAGGUCACAGUGAUUUUGAUGCAAGGAUAUCUAGUGGUAAUUCUUGGUGUGCAGACAACUGAACAAAAUGGCGUCAUUAUCAAUUAUACAGCGUGUGUUUCACAUUCAGAAAAUGGUCCGUACUUUCAGACAUUCACUACAAGUGAAAGGAAGUGGCUCGUCGGAAAUUUGAAUACAUCAACAAAAUAUUUUGUUCGUGUUCUUGCAAGUACUAAAGUUGGUCAUGGAACCUACAGUGAAAGUGAAGGAUUUUUUACGAAUGGAAGUAAGUACAAACACAUGUCGUAUGCCGUAUAUAUCGCUAUUUUCCGGUUUGUGCAUGAUCCUAAGAAAAUGUCUGUUCUGAACUUUAUAUUUACAAUUUGGUUAAGUACUAUUUAAAACACGAGUAGGAGUGUUUUAUCAGAUAUAAACGCGAGGCGCAGCCGAGCGUUUUAUGUCUGAUAAAACACGACAACGAAUGUUUUGAACAGCUUAAAAUACGACUACAAAAGAACACUAAUUAGGAUGAACUAUUAUAUGUAAUCAUACUAUUAAUGAGGAUGAACAAUUAUAUAAUGCCACAUGCUUUAUCAAAUAUAUAGUCACUCCACGUGACAUAUUAUGACUGACAUUAUUUGUGAAUUAUUAAUGAGUAUUUUAAGUACUGUUUAAUAAACGAGCAGGAGUGUUUUAUUAGGUUUAACCUAAUAAAACACGACCUGCGAGUUUAUUAAACGGCUUCAAAUACGACUACAAAUUCAAUAGAUAUACUGCCUUAUUAUUCCUCUUUAUAUAAAGAAUACUAUUGAGGACACGACUACAAUCGAUACUGCCUUAUUAUUAUUCUUUAUCUAAAGAAUACUAAUGAGGACACGACUACAAUAGAUGCUGCCUUAUUAGUAUUCUUUAUAUAAAGAAUACUAGUUAGGAGUGUUUUAUCAGGUUUAAAGCCACUGCGCGUGACAUAUUAUGGUUGACAUCAUUUGCCAAUAAGCUUAUGAAUUAUUGAGUGUUUGAAGUCAUUUUAUGUCGUUUUAGAGUUGUUUGCAUUUAGGACAUAAAAAAAGAUAAGGUAGACAACGUCACUGCCGCCAAAUCUGAAUAAAGAUCUAUAUUUACGUUUUGACAUAUCAAAACGUAAAUAUAUGAUAAUAGUUCACUUUUCUCUACAGGACCGGCUGAGAAGGCCAUAGCUAAAACAUCAAGUACACUCACAUUUUCAUUGAAAAUUCCAUCAAAAACGUUUGUGUAAGUAUGUUAAUAUUUGACUCUCUGAUGGUGUUGCAGAUAAAUAGUUGGUAUAAUAUAUCAUUUGGUUCACAUGAAGAAGGCAAAUUUCGGUUUAUAGAUAUUUCUACGUGGUGGCUUUGAAAUUAAAGGACGGCAAAGAACCUGCAUCAUCUGACAGUUAUGAGAACAAUGAGUUAGUGACGUACGGCGAGGCAGAAAACUCAACCAAUCCGAAACCUUAUAUUGCUGCAGUAGUUGCAUCCAGCGUUGUUGAUGGAAACAUGUUUGUACUUGGUGAUGGCAGAAAUACAAGUAAUUCAACUUCACGAAAACGAAGGUCACCUACAAGUGAUUAUUUUAAUGGACCGUUGGAGCCUGGCACUAGUUAUAGUGUUUUUCAAAGAAUUAUUAUCAAUGAAAUGGUAUGGUAUUGGGGUGGGGGCAGCAAACGUUUUGGGCAUUGCCCAAUAAGUCCAGGAAAACGAAAGGCGGAAAGGGCAAAUUGAAGCUUGUUAUAUAAUUGGGCAAAUCUCAGAUAAACCCGAAUGAGUUAUACCCGAAUGUAAAACCAAGAAGGUCUCUUUUAUGACCUUUGGCUACAAUUCAAGUUUUCAAUCCUAGUUUAUCAACAGUCCUGACUGUUUUACACUUAUUUGUGGCGAAAAAUUGAGGAAUUGUACGUUUUAUAUCGAAAAUGAUAAAAAUUUUGAGGUGCGUUUUGAGGACGUUUUGAAGAAAAUGCCGCCCGUCAACAUCGAAAAAAGCACUUUAAAACAUUUCUACCAUUCCAAAACUUGAUUUGUAAUUAAAGUCCUGGUAUUCUUGUUGAUUUUGAGCUUUUAGUCUUUGCUUUGAACGAUGACGAUAAAACUGGAAAAUAUCGAUGUUUUCAUAAUUGUAUUAUUCUCGUAAUUUUCCGCUGAUCCUGAACAACGCGGCUUUACAUCCGGGAAUGAGAAUUUACAUACGGACAACGAGAUGUAUAGCAAUAUUUAAUAAUUAUUCGUCGAAGGCGAGGUGAUUAUCGGGGAAUAUUCGCCGAGACGAAGUCGAGGUGAAUAUUCCCCGAUAAUCACCGAGCCUGAGGCGAAUAAUUGUUUUAGCACUUUUACACAAGCCUUUUGUGUUUUUGGGACUGAAUAUAUAUUUUAAUUUCGCUUAUUUCCACAAAACGGCUAGCCGCCAUUUUGAAAAUUUCGGUUUUAUAUUCACCUAUAGGUGAAUAUAACGGCUUAAUACGUCAAAUUUGACCAAUCAACGUGUAGGAUUUGUUAUGUUCACUUGUGCAAAAAUACUAAUAGUCUGUGUUAUUUCCCCCUUAUAAGAAGCUUCAAUUUCAACGCGAAUUUCAACUUUCAAUUUGUUCGCGUCAGUUGUAAAUUGCUCAGAGCAAUCUGCCUUUCAUAAUUGCAAUAUUGUAGGACAAUAUUGCAAUGUUUCUCGCGAUAGAACAUCCGAUUUCACUGUAACAGAGAAAUAAAUUAUCGCCUUUAAUAUAGGGUGAAUAUUACUCCACAGCCUGGAGUCCUCCUUCAAAAACGAGUGAAAAUACAGGUAUAUUUCUUCCAUGUAAUUUGAUAAUUAUUAGAUUAAAUAAGUAAGUUUAAGUCGUGAUAAAUUUACAGUGACAGUAUUUUGUCACAGUUAUUAUUAAAUAGACCUACAUGCCGGUAAUAUUGCUUACCCAACUUUAUUGGUUAAUAUCAGACAUAUCAGUUUUUUACAAUAUGUGAUUUCAGAGAUUGAACUAAACUUUGUCUUUGAUGAUGUCAACACAAUAUAAACCAACUUCUUUUACACAAUGUAAAAUACCAUAUAACACGGACCAAUUUAUGUCAAAAUUUACAACUUUAAGAAUCAAUGAGAAUAAUAUAAGAAGAUAUAACCAGAUUUUUGGAAAAAAAAAGAAAUCUUCUUAUAUAAUAUAAAAUAUAUAAUAAAAACUAAUAUAAGAAAAUUUGCCGACCCUGUACUAGGUUCGUCUAGUUAAAGCGCAGAUUAACAAGCGAAAACCACUUGUGAAUUAUUUAAUACAUGAUGAUCUUCUUAAUCGUUUCAAAUUUCAGAUCAAGUUCCAGGUGACGUUUCAGACACGGACGACACUGAUGGUUUUGAAAAGUAUCUUGUUGCAAUUAUAAUAGCAUCAACAAUAUUGCUGGUCAUUUUAUGUGUUAUUGCAUAUUGUAUUUAUCAAUCUCGUCGACUCAAAUCAAACACCGACGACGUCCACCAUUUGCCUAGUUCACAACAUGAUGAUAUCGGCAAUUAUGAGCAAGUACACAAUGAAGAGUCGAUGUAUAUUGCUCUCAAAAGCCCUGGGGAAGUUAAUGAUGAUCAUUGCUAUGGUCAUUUAAAUCCGGAUGUACAAAAUGUGCACGUAGAUCAGGAGGAAACUGGAAUUUAAUUUCGUAUCAAUGCAAUUUAGAAAAAAAGGGGAUUUUUCGAGCAACUUUUCAUGAUAAUAUGAGCAGCUUUUUUGGAAAUUUUAAUCAGCUUGUGGACAGACCUAUAUAUACCAAGAAUUGUUGAAGUGUUACUUAGAUUAUGCUUUUCCCUCCGCAGACGUUUCAAACUUUCCGUAAUUUCCGUGUUUUUCCGCCCAUAAACACCGGUACCUUACGGAAUUUACGGAAAGUUGAAAAUCUCCGGAGGAGAGAGACUUGAUGUGUGUAAACUUUUAAAAACACAACUAUAUUACUUAGGGGCUGUUUGUGGCGAACCUUUUCAGUUGCAGAUUAAUUGUUGGGAAUAAGGAUUGGUAAUAAGCACUAAUUGAUUGAAGCCGAGUUGAAACAAUAUGUUUGGUGGACUCGAGCUAGACUGCCAAUCAUUGGCAGUCCAGAAAACAGACUAUUUGCCAAAAGUCGCAGUCAAUAAGUAUUUCAUUAUAUAUUAACUAUACCAAGUCUCAAAGAAAACAGCAAACAGAAAGAAACGCGAAACAUCCAUAAUUUUUGCCCUUGCAUAAUUUUGACGGUAUUAUCAUUCACCCGCGGUGAAUAAUAGCACUCAGAGCUGUUGCCAGGAGACAGAUAAAAGAAAACACCAACUUUGACAUUUACUAUAUAAUAAUAGGGAUUGGGAAUAAGGAUCGGAAUGAUGGUUUUGGGAAUAAGGUGUGGGGAAUGAUUUGGAGAAUUUUAUAUGAUCAGCUGUAAGAGUGAUAGUGUACGGGAUGAAACCCGUUAGGUAUACUUGUGGGCGUAUUAAGAUGGCUACGAAUGAGUUUAAAUAUGCUAUGCCAGGAAUAUAUCAUUCCCUCAGUCUCGUCUAUCUUUAUAGAAAGCCCUGGAAACGAGAUUGGACCUGUGAGCUGUAUAUGUACUGGAAUAAGAACUUCACUCAUUCGGCCUACGAGAAAAGGGAAGAAAAUAUGGCGGAUUUUGACAUCCAAAAUCUAUGAAGUUCUUAUAACUCUUUUGCAGCAGGG